AUGGGUGUGGAGGUGGCCAACAAGCGCUGGAAUUUUGACUUCCAGAGGGACCAGCCUGGUCCAGGCCCUGACAUGGAGUGGGAGGAGCUGAGUUUCCAGGAGGUGCCUGCCUUCUACCGCAGCUGUACAGCCCGAGCUACACGGUCAGGAGCAGGGGCCAAGCGUAGGGCCUCUUUCUCCUCCGGGGAGGGCUCUCCAGGGUCCAGCAGCUCCUCCUCUUCAGGAGAUGAGUACCUUGAGAUGACCACCAGGGCAUGCUAUAGGCACGGCAAGCCCCGACAGGCUCCCAUCACAGAGUUCUUCAAAGUGAAGAGGAGGAGACUGGUCCAUUGUAAAGGGUUGAUCCGGCAAUAG